AUGAAGAGAGGAUUUAAAGGGAAAAACUUACAUACAUUUCAUUCAAUGUUUAUAUUUCUAUUAAUUAUUGUAAUUACUAAUGCAACAGAAAGUAUUGUAAAUAAAGAAGAAAGAAAUAGAGAAGUAAUUCACACACAUAAAUAUGCAAACCAACUUAAAAGAAUCUACAAUUUAUAUAAAACACAUUUAAAAAGUGAGGAGCCAGAAAAGGUAACACCAAAAAUACCACAACCAGCAAGUCCAAAAACUCCUGAAACAGCAGAACAUUCAGUAGCACAAGUACCAAAAGAAAAUUCAGUAUCAACAGAAGGCAAACAAUCAGUAGUUGGAAAUACAGACGCAUCACAAAAGGAACAAGCAACAGCAAGCACACCAUCAUCACAAGCAAAAGCAACUGAAGAAACACAACAGAUACACAACCAACAGCAACACAACAAGCAACAAGCACAAUCAUCACCAGGAACAACAACAAAUACACCAACAGGACAAGAACAACCAGCAGUCAAACCACAACAACUUGAAACAACAAACAAUGACCCAAAACCACAACCAUCACAAAAUCCACAAAAAGAAACACAACCAUCAAAACAAGAAGAACAAGGAGAAGAACAUAAACCAGAAAUAAAAGAACCAGAAAAAAAAGAAAGAACCAAAAGAUACUGA